AUGUCCACCCUCCUCUACAUCCUCACAACCAUAACCUCCCCCACCCUAACACCAAAAACCUACAACACCUGGUACGACACCGUCCACAUCCCUGAACUGCUCUCAAUCCCAGGCGGUCCCAACGCAGCUUAUCGCUACAAAUCCACAAACCACGAGAAUCAAAAAUGGCACUUCCUAACGCUAUACCCGCUGAAUGAUAUCGCGUUUACGCGGGAUCCGGCCAUUCGGGAACGCAUCUCGUCGCAUCAUCCUGUACUUCCGGAGGGGAAGUCGAUUUGGGAGUUGGUUGUGUUGGAGGGGAGGGAUUAUGUUGCGGUCAAUGUUGGUGAUGGGAAAGGUUUGAAGGGAGGGAAGAAAUGGGUUGUUACUAUGGAGGUUGAUGGGGGAGAGGAAGGUGUGGAGGGACUGUUGAAUGGGGAAGAUGGAGAGUAUGGGCGGUAUAGGAUUCAUCGAGCGCCGACUGCGAUAACUGGUGUUGAUACUCCGGAGAUUCCUGUGCCAAUGGAGUUGGUUAUAUACGAACUGGAUAAGGAGGAAGACAUCGAGCGACUCAUCAGCACCCUGCACAAAACUUCGGAAUCUCUCCAAAUCAAUAUACAAUGCUCCUCCUGGGAGUCUAUCUAA